CAGCUGUAUUCAUUGAGAGUUUUUCUUUUAAAAAGGUAUAUUUCAUUUAAUAGUGCGUUUGAAAAUCGACGUGAUAACACGGACACAAAUCCAUGUUAAUCUAAAAUUAAACUCGUGUAUUGUAACUUUUAGGUGUGAAUGGUUUAGUUUUAUUUCAACAAGCGGUCCAAGUGCGUGAAAUAACACUAAUCGGUAAUAUAUCUUGUAAGAUAUGUGCGGUUUGUAAAUCGGGCGGUUAAACGAUGUUUAGUUUUUUUAGAAAAUCGAAAAAAGAAGAUAACGGUAAUGGCAAGAGAGGCAAAGAUAGUAAGGAACUGACUCGCAGAGAUAAAAAUUUGACGGAUACCGGAGAAUGCUCUACGGUGGAUGACAAAAGGAAAAUGUGUAAAAAUAAUCAACCUUCUAUACCUGAACUUGCGCCCGAAAUCGACGCCAUUCCUUUGCCAAAAAAUGUUGUGAAUGCAGCUAAAACUAUCGGUAGUGAAGUGGCGACAUUUUCCGAAAAAAACAACGAUCAAAACGAGUCAAAAAUGGGCGAUCCGUACGCGCACGGAUUGAAAGUACCGGAAAGUAGACUGACCGAACGACGCGGUUCUUGUGUGAAACCUUGCGGACAUGGUACCACGGCGAUCGCGCCGAGGGUUCCGAUUCAAACCGCCCCCAAAAAGGAGGUUAAUUCGGUGCCCAGCAGCCCCGUUAUGGAGGUGAGAAAAACGAUGAAGUUUACCGUGAACGCGAUAGAAGAGAAUUGCAAGGCCGAAGCGCAAGAAGAACCGCAUGGAAAAAACGAAAUCCUCGAAAAUGGAACUCUUCAUGGUCAAACAUCUGAUAAUAUUAGUAGCGACGAUUUAAUUGGACUAGACAAGAAGAAUCUUAUAAACCAAGAAGCUAAGUUCCAGAGCCAGUUGAAUGAUCUUUCGAAACAAUUAUCAAUACGCGAUGCUGAAGCUACCAAGUUGCGUUUCCAAAUGGAAGAACUCCAGAGGGAUGUUUUUGCUAAAUCAGCUGGAAUGGACAGAUUGCAGGCUGAACUUAAUGCGGCAACAAAAGAAGCAGAUUUAAUUCGCCAAAAAAUACAUCAUUUAGAAACUGAAUUAGAAAAUUAUAGAAGAAGAAACGCUGAUCUUGCGGAGGAAAUACAACAACAAAAAGAUGCGUAUAGCAAUUAUGAAUUAGAGACACAGUCAAAGAUAAACGAAUUAGAAGGAGUAAUUAAAAACCUGAGAAUAAGAAUAGAAACUUUAGAAAAUCAAAUUCAUGAACUGCAGACAGAAAAAGAUCAAUUACAAGUUAAACACGCCGAGUUGCAAACGCAAAGAGACGAAGAGAGGAAGAAACUAGCGGAAACAUUAGAUGCAACAUCUAAACAAAAAGAAGAAAUUGAAAGGAAAUGGAAAGAAGAUUUCGAAAAGUUGCGCACAGUAAACAUAUUAAAGGAACAGGAAUUACUUGACGACUUUGAAUGGAAAUUGAGAGAAGUUCAACAAGUUUGCAAAAAGAAAUUGGACGAUAAAGAUAAAACUAUCGAAGAAAAACUUCAAGAGGCAUACAAAGAUGCACAGAAGAAAAUGUCUGAAGCUGAAAGUAUGUUAGAACAGGUGGAAAUUUUGAAAUCGUAUGAAAUAGAAGUUCAGCAAUUGAGAGGUAGAACAACUGAACAAGAAAGAACGCUUCAACAAAUGAGGGACCAACAGGCUCAAAUGGUAGAGGCUGAAGCUAGCUUAAAACAUGAAACUAAAAGACUGCUUAAUCUCAUAGAAUUAGAAAAAGAAAAUUUGCAGCAUAUGCAAAGAAUACAUAGGCAAGAGAUCUUAGAUAAGGAAAGAAAAUUAAAAGAAACGCUAAAUCAAAAACGAACUGAAAUCGCUAUGUACUGGGAGGAAAAAUUGUUACACGAAUGUGGCAGAUUAAAAGAUGAAUUGGAGCAAAUACAUGACGAAGAAAAGUACAACGCUAUGGAGGCAGUACGAAAAGAAAAGGAAGAGGAAUACAAGAAGAGGCAAAAUGAAUGGGAACAAAAGCUUAGAGAUUGUUUAAAAGAGAUUCAAUAUUUGAAAAAGGCACUCGAUGAAAAAGAUGAGUACUAUCACGAUGAACUUAUCAGUGUUAGAUCGAAGACGGAUAGAGAUAUAAUGGAGUUACGUAGGUUAAUGGACAAAAUUGACAUGACCCAUCACGAUAACUAUGACAAACUUGUUGAUCAACAUGAGAUGGAAAUAGAACAAUUAAAUUAUGAACAUGAAAAACAAAUAAGAUUACUAGAAGAAUCCUGGAGAAAUAAAGUAGGUGAUGUUUCCGCUAAUCUUGAGGAAGUAAAACAACAAAUGGAAAAGGAAAAUUCCCAAAAGAUUGAAAUGUUAAUUCAACAACACAGGGUUGAAUUAGAUUCUCAAUGGCAAAAUCUAGUUCAUCAAAAAGAAGAAGCAGCACAAUUGAUAGAAAAAGAAUACGCUGCUAAAUGCCAAGCUUUAGAAGAGCAGUUCUAUACCCAACAAAAUUCACACGGCUCUAGAGAAGUGGAACUGUUGAAAACAAUAGAUUCAUUGAAGAACGAAUUGGAAAGUAAAGCAUCUGCACUAGACGAUUUGCAAAGCAACAUCGAUACAUUGGAAGGCGGUGUUCAGGUUCUAAACCAAGAAGUUGCCCAACAAACGGCAUAUGCGAAUAAGGUUAAAAAUGAAGCUGAUCAAAAAAUAAGGUAACUUUUCUGUCCUUGUGUA